GUACAAUCGCCAAUUGGAUACAACAAUUCACUUUUUGUACAACAUGCUAGAGUUAUUCAAAAAAACAUAGUGAUUAGCAUCAGUAACUAGUGUUGAACGCAACAACCAAGCAACAAGCAAUAAUACAAAAAGCGAAUACAUAUUAAUAAUAUAUUCUUGAUUACAUUGUAUUCUAUAUUAUUAUUUUAUUAAAAAUUUUAAUAAUUAUUCAUUGAAUACCGCGAAUACUCAUGAAACGUGGUGUGAUCUUUUUGUUUGUUUAAUUAUAAAUUUAUUCAACAACAAUGCUAUAUUAAAGUUUAUAUUUAUUUAUAUGCAUAUAACUUAUUAAACUUCAGUGAUUGUUUUACAAUUAUUAAAAUUUUUGUUUUGUUUGUUCAACUAAAUAAUAUAAACAUGCCAGAAAAUAAAAAUUUAGUUUUUGAUAAAAAUGGAAAGGAAUUAACAGAAGAAGAAAUACAAGAACGAAUUGAAAUUUUAAGAAAGUUAAUUCAAGAUGAUAAACACUUACAUGUCCGUACUGAUGAUAAUUGGCUAACGCGAUUCCUGUACCCAACAAAAUUUGAUCCUGAAGCCGCCUAUAAAAGAAUGGUUGAUUAUUACAAAUUAAAAGCGGAAAAUCCAAAAUUUUUCUUUACAGAAUCACCAAACAAACUGUCAGAGUUCUUGAACACAGAGUUGAAAAUUGUGUUGCGAGAUAGAGACUUGAAAGGUCGACGAGUUUUCAUCACACAAAUGGGUAAAGUUCCAAAUAACAUGUCUUUAUUCGAUUUAACUCAUAUGGAUGAUAUUUGGAUCGAAGCAGUAUUAGAUGAACCAGAAACACAAAAAAAUGGUUUAUCAAGUAUUAUUGAUUUAUCUAAGACUCCAUGGACGAUACUUAAGUGGUUAACACCAGCAAAUAUGCGCGUUGGAUCAAGAAAAGCUGACUUAGUACCAUUUACAGAUUUACACAUACACGUAGUAAACUCAUCACCUAUUUUAAAUGCAGCUAUUGCUUUAGUUUUUCCAUUUCUAAGCACUCAUACAAAAGAACAUAUUCAUUUUCAUUACUCGGAUUGGUCGUCAUUGCAUAAAUUUGUAAAUCCUGAGAUACUACCGAAAGAAUAUGGUGGAACCCAAGAAAUUGAUUUUGAUGCAAUACGAGAGGAAUAUGUUUACAAUAAUGCUUCUAGAAUUGUUAAAAAUUUGAGUGCUAGUUAUAAAUUGGAUUAGAAUUUAUAUUUUCGAUAAUAUAAGAAAAAAUAAUUAAUG